AGUGAUUGGGCUUUGUGGGCUCGAUGACUUCAUCGGCCCGAGGCACACGGGCUCAGCAGUCGCGUCUCCGCGGUCUACGUAGCGUCAGAACGACCGUUGGGACCCGCGAGCAAACAUCGAGUCGGGGAAGCGAGCGCACUUUGUAACCCAGCGAUAACCGAACAAACAAAAAAAGAAAACAUAAAAAAGAAGGAUACCUCGACGUGCCUCAGGCGCGGGAGAUAGCAGCAGGAACAAGACAGCGGACCACCGCCCUUUUGUGCGUUCAACGUUCAUCGGAGAUCGUAGCCUCUUGCGACGUGCACAUUUCGUUCUGCAAGUGACCGCAAAACAUCGGAAGUCAUCAUGGAUGAAGGAAUAGCGUGCGUCAAGUACAUUCUCAUCACAUGUAACCUGCUCGUCUGGAUGCUCGGCCUGGGAGUGCUGGCCGUGGGCAUCUGGAUCAGGUCGGAUCCGGACUUCUGGGUGUACCAGGACAACCUGCCGCUGUCCAACUACUACAGCGCCUGCUACGUCAUCAUAGCCGUCGGGGUCCUUCUUCUCGUGCUCGGAUUCAUGGGCUGCUGUGCGGCGGCCAUCGACAGCCCCUGCAUGCUGCUCACGUACUUCAUCGCCAUGUUUGUGCUGCUCAUCCUGGAGUGUGCCGUGGCCGGCCUGGUUUGGAAGAUAGCUGACGGAGACCAGUUGCAACAAAAACUGGCAGAAAGCAUAGGGCAGAAGAUGGACACCAUAAUAGAGGACUCAAAAGCCAGGAGGUUCAUGGACUUGAUGCAAGUUCACCUGGAGUGUUGCGGCGCCACCUCAAAGGUCGACUACGAGGUCCGCUCGCUAACCAUACCACAGUCAUGCAGCAGCUCCAGAACCAACAACAUCUUCUACUACGGUUGUAGCGAAAAUUUGCGAGUGGUGCUGGAGCGCACCGGUGCCGUGGUGGGAGGCCUGGGCCUUGCGCUCGGCUUUGUCCAGAUAAUCGUGAUGAUCAUCUCUUUGUGCCUCUUCUGCACCAUCCGGCAAGACUCCAAGUAGACUCCAGCGAAAAGCAGCCCAGCCAGUCGUUGCGGGGAAUGUACAGCGCGCGCACAAACAGGUUUUAACUGUCGGUACACAGGGAGAAUCGCCUCACGUGCCAAAUCAGGUCGCUUCCUCACCGCCACGGGUGUCAAUGUUCACUUAAAUAUGCAAGGCCUCAGAGUUCAAUAUACAGCGCCUAUUUUCCUAAAACAAAACAAAAAUUAGUGACUCUCUAUUCUAGCUCGCUCAAAUAUGCAGCAGCUGAAGCCACCCAACGUAUAUAUAGACUGCAGUAGCAAAAAAAAAAAAAAAAAAAGGUGCGCCUGUACAUGUGCACACGUGUGCAAAAAAUAACUCUCAAAGCCCAUUCGCAGAUCAUCUUCUCGUACAUAUAACAAGAACACCCUGGUCCUGACGGUAGAGCGUUCUCAUAGAAGCCACGAAACACGGGCCCCAAACAUAACUGUUUUAUCUACUGUUGACACAAUCAGACCAAGUCCUCAAUGGGAAUGUCGCGAGACUGACGAGGUUCGAGCUCGCGACUUUGUUCGACUUUGUUCGUCAAAGUUCGACUGAAGUUCAACAAUUAUGCGCAUCAUCGGAAAUGAAAAACGAGCUAACGUCAACUGAGGAGUGCAAUAUUUGUUGUGUACAUUGUGUUAUUGUGUCGCUGUAAUGAGCUAACUAUGCAUACUUUCAGCUGAAGUCAAGGCGCAGCCGACCCUACGAGGUAAUGGUACCAGUCAAGCAGCGCCAAAAGUGCAAGUCACUAGGCCUUUUUCUGUUUAUGAUUGGUUCAGCGAUGACAGAACACAUCCAGAAACAUAUCGAACACCAUGAUGGUGGGCCUUUGGCGCUGCCUGUUUGUUCCCAUCACCUCGUAGCGUCAGCUGCGUCUAGACUUAAAACGAAGUAUAAAACAUGUUUUUACUUUUAUAUUGUGUAAACAUUGGUCAUCAUUUUCUUAUACUUCAAAUAAAGCACUUUUUUCAAAAUUAUUACAUUUCUGUGUAGAAGUCUGGCAACCCCGUCCAUAGGUCGAACUUCGUCGAACCAGUCGAUCCUCGGGUUCGACGAACGUACGCGGCAUUCCUAGUCUUCACUGAACCGUUUGCCUUCGGCGCUCUGUACAUAGGCCACAAGGGCAUUGCGCUUCAAGACGAACGGUUUGCCCAUGUCAAGCGCGGUCGUUGUAACAGGCGACGCAUACCGAAGUGCGUUUGAUUCAGCUGCCCACUGCCGCAACGUCACAUCACCGAUAUUUCCUUUAGAAGAGACAUCAUUCCUUGAACCAGCUUGUUUUUAGUGUUGAGUUAUUUUCCCUUCGUUUUAUGGGCGUUACUUUGUGACUAUGUGUGUAUCCGUGUAAUAAAGGCCAACUCUAUGCCCUUAAUAUGUUCA